AUGUCGGUGCUGGUGGAGACGACGUUGGGAGCGCUGGUGCUGGACCUGUUCGUGGAGGACUGUCCGCUGGCUUGUACCAACUUCCUCAAGCUGUGUAAGACCAAGUACUAUCACGGGUGUCUAUUCUUCAAUGUGCAAGAGAACUUUAUGGUGCAGGCGGGGGACCCUACGGCCACGGGGACUGGAGGGGACUCAAUUUAUGGCAAAUUGUAUGGCGCACAAGCCAGAUUCUUCGAGGACGAGCUACCAAAAACAAAAGGAAGAUCCCAUGAAGACUGCAGUGGGUUGGUAGGUAUGGCAUCGAGUUCAGCCAAUCAGAACGCGUCCCAGUUCUACAUUACCACAAGGGCCGAAGAUAUGGCAUAUCUGGACGACCAGCAUACUAUUUUUGGCGAAGUGGCGGAAGGCAUGGAUGUAUUGGACAAUAUCAAUGCGUUAUUUGUGGAUAAGGACUACAGGCCGUUCCAGGAUGUCAGGAUCAAGCACACAUACGUGUUAGACGACCCGUUUCCGGACCCGAAAGGGCUGGACGAGUUGAUCCCUCCCUCAUCUCCAACUCGAGAGAGACCUGAAGAGGAACAAGUGGAACCGAGGCUUGCAGCUGACGAGAAGUUGGACGAGAAUGAAGGUAGAACAGAGCAGGAGAUCGAGAAGGCUGUAAGAGAGAAGGAAGCCAAGUCUCGUGCUGUAGUACUUGAGAUGAUUGGCGACUUGCCAGAUGCAGACGUCAAACCACCAGAGGAAGUUCUAUUUGUGUGUAAGCUGAACCCUGUGACGGAAAGUGCAGAUCUGGAUAUGGCAUUCUGCAGAUUUGGUCCGUGCAAGUCGGAGGUGAUUCGUGAUCACAAGACAGGGGACUCUUUGUGCUUUGCGUUUGUCGAGUUUACGGACCGUAGACAUUGUGAAGAAGCGUACUUUAAGAUGAACAAUGUGCUGCUCGAUGAUCGACGGAUUAAGGUGGAUUUUAGUCAAUCGGUAUCCAAGUUGUGGAAUAAAGUCAAGCGACGCCCGUGGGAGAAGACUAGUAAGCGUGACGGCGACGCGUAUGCAAGUGGAGGACGUGGUAGUAGGAAUGGUGGAGGACGUCGUGAAUUGGGUGGUGACUUGAGAUUGAAGUCACGUGGUGGGGAUGACUUUAAGCUGGUGGAGGAAGAAGAAGCUGCUUCGUCACGUCGAUCGAAGCCAAAAUCUGAUCGUAACGAGCGUCAACGAAGCCGUAGUCGAGAGCGAGGGCGGUCACGAAGUGAAAGGGACUCUUCUCGAUCUAAGCGAAGGAGCCAUAGCCGAGAACGUGGCAAGGACCGACAUAGUGAAAGACACGAGCGACGACGCCGAAGCCGCAGUCGGAGCCGUGGCCGUGGCCGGGAUCAAGACAGGCGCAGUCGGAGUCGUAGUCCCAGCAGCAGUCGCAGGAGUGAGCGGAGUCGUGAUCGCGAUCGUCGUUCAAGCUCCAUUUUUUCCUUUCCAGUUCCUGCUACACAUUCGACAAAAACCGACAUUGCCGAGUGUACUACGUACAGCGCGCCACCAUGCUAUCCAGGUAUAUGCGAGACACCCGACUCGACCAACUCAACUAUCGAUGUCUUUGUGAAGCGUAUUCCUGCAGCUAAUGAACCCAAUUCGGCUCCGAAUGUGUAGCUUGUGCAGGGUGGUCCCGGGUACAUUCACUCAUACCGUAAAUCCAUCUCUGAUUUAUAGAUAAA